UUGUUUGUAAAUCCAAGCUGUUGAAUAAAGAUUAGUGAGGUGGGAGUGUCAAGAGUUCCGGUGCGGGCGAAUGUCGUCGGUUGUACCAAACCGCGGAAGAUAUUUUGGACUAAGAAGAAUUAGGAGAAGUCUUCGGCGUCCAGCGCGAUGAGACGCCGCGUCGUGGUGUCGGUGCCGCCGCUGCUGCUGCUGUUCUCGGCCAGCUCGGCGGCCAUCGAGCCCAUCAGCACCAGCAUCGCGGUGGGAAUGGCGGCCGCUUUGACGGGCUUUUUAGCCAGCUACCAGAAUAUUUUUUAUUACUUCCACGAGUGCUGCCGGCCCGAGUGGAUCGCUUUCAACAGAACAGGUCUGGAGGCCGACCUCGGCAACAAGCUGUUCGGGCAGCACUUGGCGUCGCACAUCAUCGCCAAGGCGGUGAGCGGAUUCGUGAACAACCCCAACCCCAAGAAGCCGCUGGUGCUGUCCUUCCACGGCUGGACCGGCACGGGCAAGAACUUCGCCAGCGCGCUCAUCGCGGAGAACAUUUACAAGGAGGGCACGGACAGCAAUUUUGUGCACGUCUUCACGUCCGAGCUUCACUUCCCGCACGCCCGAGAGAUGGACACCUACAAGACUCAAUUGCAGCAGUGGAUCAAAGGCAACGUGAGCAGCUGCGCUCAGUCCAUGUUCAUCUUCGACGAGAUGGACAAGAUGCACCCGGGCCUCAUCGACAGCAUCAAGCCGUACCUGGACUACUACGACAAGGUGGACGGCGUCUCCUACCGAAAAGCCAUCUUCAUCUUUCUCAGCAACGCCGGCGGCGAGAGCAUCGUGCAGACGGCCUUGGAUUUCUGGAACGCGGGCAGAAGCCGAGAGGAGAUCGAGCUCAAGGACGUGGAGACGUCGCUCGCGCUGUCCGUCUUCAACAACAGGGGAAGCGGCCUGUGGCACACGAGCCUGAUUGACAAGAACCUGGUGGACUUCUUCGUGCCCUUCCUGCCCCUGGAGUACAAGCACGUGGUCCAGUGCGCCAUGGCCGCCAUGAGCGCUCAAGGCCUGGAGCCCGACGCCGGCGUGGCCGACAAGGUGGCGCGAGACCUGAUUUACUUCCCCAAAUCCGAACGGGUCUUCUCCGUCAAGGGCUGCAAGACCAUCGACAGCAAGUGGGAGUACUACACAUAGCGGCGGGACGGACGCUAUUCAUUUUUUUUUAAACAUAAAUGCGACUAACGGGGAAAACUGGAAGUCUUCCACACUGACGUGAACUAAGGAUUUUUUUUUUUUUUUUGUCAUUGGAUCGUGAACUUUUUUCCCCACCACUAUCAUCUGAUUUUUUUUUAACUUUUCUUUUAGCAACACAUGCCUUAAUUUGUCAUUCUUUGCAUUUUUUCCAAUUAAAUGUUUCAAUUAAAAAAAAAAAAAAAAAAUCAUGACACACCAUACAAAUGUAGACUGACAUGAAUUAUGUGCCUACUGGCAACUAGUGGACGAGCACUUCAUUGUUUUGCCCGUCACAGGAUUGGAACUUGGAACCUCGGGACCAUCGGGCAAACAUGCCAACCGCUAGAGGGCGGUACUUGCUGGGACACUUAAUUGUUGCUCGAGAUGUUUCUUUUUUUGUACGGUGGUGCUGCUGUUUUGGUUAGCCACAGAGUUCAAACGGCUUUCUCUGAUAGUUGUCGCUUGUUAGUUUUGAAAUGAUAUCAUAACCGUCGUACCAUAUAAACCACGAGAUGUUCCUCUUAAAUUGUACUCACGUGUCUUUUCCACAACUUUAUUGGUAUCAAAUGUUGACAGAGGAGUAGUCACACGGUGGCCUCAUCUCGUUCUCCCGCAUCAGCAAAAAAAGGGUUUUUCCAAGUCCUCACGUGCAGCUCAUCCUCACCAGGCAGUCUUUUUUGCUUUUUUUUUUUUUUUUUU